CGGAAGCGGUCACGGGUCCCCUUGGCAACGAGUGAGCGGCAUGAUAGCCUAACAUGCUACAGCUAUAACUUGCUAGCUUACCCAAACGGGAUUAACAGUCACCGCCUCGUGUAUAUUAAUAAUAGUAUAAACCGCCUUCAAACAUCAUCACAGUCUCUGCAAUGAUGAGUCGGACACCUGAUGCGAGAGCGAGGGAUAACCAGACCAAGCAGAUCCAGGAGAACCUCUCCAACGUGGAGAAGCACUUCGGGGACAUGUGCCAGCUGUUCGCCGCCUACGUCCGUAAGACGGCCCGACUGAGGGACAAGGCCGACCUGUUGGUGAGGGAGAUCAACGUGUACGCCGAGACCGAGACCCCCAACCUCAAGAGGGGAAUGAAGCAUUUUGCAGACCAACUGGCCAAGAUUGAAGACUAUCGUCAAGCUGAGGUGGAAAGGCUUGAAGCCAAAGUCGUAGAGCCUCUGAAGAGUUACGGGGCUGUGGUGAAACGUAAAAGGGAAGACCUGAAGACCACCCAGAGUGCUAGAGACCGUGAGUCCAAACAGAUGGCCCAGCUGGAGAGGACGAGGCAGAGGAACCCCUCAGACAGACAGAUCAUUUCACAGGCCGAGAGCGAGCUCCAGAGGGCCACCAUGGACGCCACUCGCACCACCCGACAGCUGGAAGAAACCAUAGACGAGUUUGAGAAGCAAAAGAUUCGAGACAUCAAGAAGAUCUUUGGUGAGUUUGUAACGGUUGAGAUGUCGUUCCACGCCAAGGCCUUGGAGGUGUACACCGCUGCCUACCAGAGCAUCCAGAGUGUCGAUGAGGAUGAGGACCUAGAGGUGUUCAGGAGCCUGCUGCAUCCUCCAGACCACCUGUCCCGCUUAGAGAUAGUGGCAGCUCACUCCAAGGGUUCGCUCGACCGCACCGGCUCUUCCAUGAGCCGGUCAGGGACCCUGCAGCAAACCACCAUGAGUCGUCUGAGGAGAAGAGACGACGACGAGGAUGAUGACGAUGAAGAGGAGUCGGAGGAGGAAGAUGAAGAUGAAGAUGUGACAGAUGAUUAAAAUUAAAGCCGCCUUGCUUUGGUCGAGAGAAAGGCAUGCCUACUUGCAAUGUGUUUCUUUUUUAUUAACAGUGUCGGUGUCAAAAAUCAAGUGUUUAAAAGUGUUUCUUUUUUAUUAACGGUGUCAGUGUCAAAUGUCCAGUGUUUAAAAGAGUAAGCUAGCAUAGGAUGAGUGGGCAGUGUUUGAUAUUUGAUAAUUACUGCUUUAGUCUGGCAGAUUGUGAGCCAUCAUGAAAAGCCUUUUUAAAAAUGCCAUUCAAGUAUUCAACCCCCUUUCAGCGUUGCCAGAUUGGGCCAGAUUGGUCGGAAAUCUGUCCCAAUCUUGCAACACUGCUCCCCAUCACUUUUUGUUAUCUACAUACGAAAUUGCCAAGAGUAUACAAGUAUAUAUUUGUUACGUAUUGUUUGAAUACCCCAGUGUAAUAUAAUACACUGGACAAAUGUUUAUUAAUUAGUUUAUUAAUUAAUAAUAAAAACAGGCCAUAUCUA